GCUGGAUCCCAGGCCCGGGCCAUGGCAGGGAGCCGGCUGGAGACCGUGGGGAGCAUUUUCUCUCGGACUCGGGACCUGAUUCGGGCUGGGGUGUUGAAGGAGAAGCCCCUCUGGUUUGACAUAUACAACGCUUUUCCCCCGCUGAGGGAGCCGGUCUUUCGGAGGCCCCGCUUGCGAUACGGCAAAGCCAAAGCUCCCAUCCAGGACAUCUUUUACCACGAGGAUCGGAUUCGAGCGAAAUUUUAUUUGACCUAUGGAUCUGGUCAAAAAGCUUUCGAUCUGUUCAAUCCAAACUUCAAGUCUACGUGUCAACGGUUUGUGGAGAAGUACAUUGAGCUACAGAAACUCGGAGAAACAGAUGAAGAGAAGUUAUUUGUGGAAACAGGGAAGGCUUUAUUGGCAGAAGGUGUCAUUUUAAGACGAGUAGGAGAAGCAAGGACUCAACAGGAGGGUCGUCCCGUUUCCUGGAAAUCUGAACACGUGGAUCGCGAACCCCAAACUGUGUUGGAAAAACACCAGCCUCUGAAAGAAGUCCCGCAGGAGCAGCAUUGGGAGGCACCUGAAGAACAGUCGAAAGGCCUCUCACCUCCCUGAAAAACUUGCAUCGUGUAUACUGACAGCCAGACUGUGUGCACUGGAUGGAUGGUGAACUGUGUUUGACAGCUGAACUGUGUAAAUGUUUCUUGAUCUCUAAGGCAUUGCGUUUGCCUUCUUCGAGUUCCUAUUUCUAGGUUGUCAUAAAGCUCAGUAUCAUGGUUUGAAAGAAGCAGUUAUGUGAACUUUUAUGUUAGGACGGUAUUAAAUAAAGAAUUCCUUAGCUGCCUAUAAA